AUGUCGGGGAAGCCCCCGCCGCUCUCGGACGAGGCCAAAGCAUCGCUCAAAUCCUUUGCGCGGUCGUCGAGUACGCUGGAUUCGUCAGCGAUAGCAUUGGCCGUCGCCCAGCGCGCGUCAUCGAUGACGUCACUUGCGCCAAGCGAGGUUCCAACUACUUCGUUGUCUUCGGAAGGAAGUGGGGACGCCCGCCUCGAAGAGAAGGACCGCGUCAUCGUGCUCUUGAACGAGACGGCGAAAGCGUUCCAGAUUGAAGUCGGCGCGCUCACACAAGAGGUGGCCCGGCUCACGUCGCAGCUGGACCAGCGCGACUUGACGAUCCAAGGGCUGGAGCGAGAGCUGCGAGACAAUGCGUCGUCCACGUCGGACCAGGUCAAAGCCUCGAGUGCGUUGCGCGCGCAGCUCCUUUUGCAGCAGUCGAUUGUCGACGAGCUCAAGGCGCAACUGGCCACGUCCGAAGUCGACUUUGAGAGUCUGCGGACCGCGCUCGAGGCCAAAGACACGGCAUGUGCACAGCAUCUCGCGGCCGUCGCCGAGGCCGAGACGCAGCACACGAGUCUGCAGACCGAGAUCGACCGUCUCCACGUCCUCUUGCGUCGGUAUGAAAAAGCGCAGGCCGAUCGCGAGGCCCAGAAACCUAUCUUUGCCGACGCGUGCUUGUCGGCACGAGACUUCUCCGAGAACCAGCUCAUUUCGCUGCGCGACGACGCCAUCUCGGCCAAAGCAAAGGAGCUCGCGCUGGUGACGGCCGCCAACGACGCUUUACGGGCGCAGCUGGAUGCAGUCGAAGCCGAGGUCGACCAACUGCAGACCACGCUCAGCGCGAAAGAAAUGGAGUUUUACCGCAGCACACGCAAGAUUGAAAAGCUCGAGCGCCACGUCGCGUCCCUCGAGGCGAAUGCCAAGCAGGCCCAAGGCCGUGAGUUUGCGAUCGAGCUCAGCACCAAGCAAAACACCCAGCUGCUGCAGUGUCUGCAAGCCCAAGAGGCCAAAACGGAAGCGCUGCAAGCCGAGGUCGCGGCGUUAACGCUCGACCUCCAGCACGCAAAGGAAGCCUCGUCGUCGCUCAAGACCGCGUCGGUGGCCGUCGAAAUCGAGUACCAGCUCAAGAGCAAGUCGGUGGAGCGGCAGUCGUCGUCGCUCGCGAGUACGCUGGAGAAGGUUCAAAAAGAGCGCGAAAAGGUCCGACAAGAACUGACGGAACUCCGGCACGCGACUCGUCUCGAGGUCGAGUCGAUCCAAGAGGAGCUCGUCCUUCGGCGCAACAAACAGUAUGAGCUCACGCUCAAACUUCAAGAACGCGAAUCUGAAGUGCACGAACUUCGGCACGCUGUCGAGACCACACGCGAGACGCUCGACGCCACGAGCGCGCGCAUGCUCCACGUCGAACGCUUGUACAACGACGCGCAGCGGUGGAAAGAAGACACGAAAGGCGUGCUGGACCGCGUCCAGACGGCAUACGACGCACUUCAAUUAAAGUAUACGACCGACACGACCGAGCUCGCACAGCACCAAAGUGCACUGGAAGCACAAGUGCGCGAACUUCAGAGCUACAUUGAAAAACUUCACAAGGAUGCCCAAGAUGCCGUUGCGGCCAAGAAGGCGCAUGCUCACGAGCUCGAGAGCGCGACAGCCGAGAAGCACCAGCUACUCGAUCGUAUCCACCGCCUCGUGGCCGAAACGAACCGCGAGACGAAGCUGCGCGUGAGCACCGAGAUGGACUACAAGGUCCUGCAAGAACAACUCAACCGAAUGCAGCAUGAGUCCUCAACAGUGCUGCAAAGCUGCCAUCGUGACCAUAUGGCGCUUGUCGAGAAGGUGCAGCACCUCGAGACGCAGCUCGAACAACUUCGCGGCGAGUGUUUGCUCGAACAAAAAGGGAAAAGCAAGCUCUUGUACCUUGCGUACGUGGCACCGUCCAGCAGUGGAAUCAACUUGAGCGACUGCUGGGUCUCGGAUGCCGAGCUGCCGUACAUCGCUGCCUACGUCAGCCGCACGGCCGCCGAGAAAGGCACCGCGAUGGGCACCAUCGACUUGCGCGGCAAUCGCGUGACGGACGCCGGGGUGCCAUCGCUCGUGGCGCUUCUAAAAGCCCAAGGCAUAGCCAAGGUGCUUCUCCAAGACAACUACAUUUCGCCCCAGGGCUUGCGCUCGCUUGCAGCUGGCAUCCAAGAUCUCGGUUACAGCGUCGUCGUGUCGGACCGUGGCCUCAUCGAAGGGUCGCUGCCCGAGGCGACCUCGACACUACUCGUCGAUGUAAGCAACAACACCAAGGAUGCAGGCGCGCUCGUACACCACCCGCAAGUCCCAGGGCUGCCCACGAUGAGCAAAGCGAAAUCCAAAAAGAGCAGCAAACCAACGAUACGAGAUCCGCUCGAGAAUAUUUACGGCGUCGACCUUGUGCAAUCCCUCAUGGAGCGUCGUAAGGAACCCUCCAAAGGCAGCAGCAGCCCUCGGCACUUGUCCCCCCGGGCGUCAUCUCUCCCAAAGCUCUAGGAGACACGAGUCGAGUAGUCGGU